AUGGGUGUGAAGCAUGGCUUUGGUCAUCACGUAUGGGACAUUCCUCAUGCAGAAGUUUCGACAGUCAUCAUGUACGACUAUCUCACUCAAGCAUUUGGUGUGGCUGCCUCAUGCAUGGGCCGAAUAUCUUUUAUUUUCUACAUUCUGGGCCUCCUUGGAAUUGAGAGGCUUCAUCGAAUCAUUCUGUUGCUUUUUAUAAGCUUCCAAUUAACUACAAAUGUGGUUUCUAUCCUUAUAAUGUUCUUGCAAUGCCCAGGCCAUGCUUCUGACAUUUGGGGCCGACCAAGAAAAGCAGGCUGCUGGGAUGUCCAUGUCCAAGCAUAUUAUGGGUAUUUUCAAGGUGCCUUCAACUCUGCCACAGAUCUUUACCUUGCUGCUUUUCCAGCAUAUAUAUUGUGGAAUAUGAAUAUGGAUAUCCGACUCAAGCUAGGUGUGAUAAUGCUUCUCGGGUUAGGUGUAUUGUGA